AUGGCGAACCAGCAGCGCGGCGCCUUCUACGGCUCGGUGGAGGAGUAUGUCAAGGCCCGAGGCGGCAACAGGCCGAUCAAGAAGAUCCUCGUGGCAAACAAUGGAAUCGGCGCGGUUAAGGCCAUCCGUUCCAUGCGGAAAUGGGCAUACGAGACGUUCGGGAAGGAGCGGGCGGUGCAGUUCGUGGCCAUGGCCACGCCGGAAGACCUUCGGGCUAACGCCGAGUACAUCCGCAUGGCGGACGAGGUGGUGGACGUGCCAGGGGGCAACAACAGCAACAACUACGCCAACGUGAUGCUUAUCGUCGAGAUCGCGGAGCGCUGGCGCGUGGACGCGGUGUGGGCGGGCUGGGGCCAUGCGUCGGAGAACCCGUUGCUGCCCGACACCCUGGCGGCCACCGCUAGGAAGAUCGUUUUCAUCGGCCCCUCCGGCCCGCCCAUGAGAGCCCUGGGAGACAAGAUCGGGUCGACGAUCAUCGCACAGUCCGCCGGCGUGCCAACGAUCGCCUGGAACGGCGACGGUCUCCACGCGGACUACGCAGACGGCGGCAUCCCCGACGACGUGUACGCCAAGGCCAACGUUACCACGGCCGAGAAGGCGGCGGAGGCUUGCGAGCGCAUCGGGUUUCCGGUGAUGAUCAAGGCGUCGGAAGGGGGCGGGGGCAAGGGCAUCCGCAUGGUAGGGGAAGCGACGGGCGUGGCGGCGGCGUACCGGCAGGUGGCGUCGGAAGUCCCCGGCUCCCCCAUCUUCGUCAUGCGCCUCGCGCCCCGAUCGAGGCACCUGGAGGUCCAGCUCCUGGCCGACACCUAUGGCGAGGCGAUCGCUCUUAACGGACGAGACUGCUCGGUGCAGAGGCGCCACCAGAAGAUCAUCGAGGAGGGCCCGGCUGUCGUGGCUUCCGCGGAGGCGUGGGGGAACAUGGAGAGGUCUGCGGUGCAGCUCGCGAAGAAGGUGGGGUACUGCAACGCGGGUACGGUGGAGUACCUGUACUCGAUGGACGCCAAGGACUUCUUCUUCCUGGAGCUAAACCCUCGCCUGCAGGUCGAGCACCCCGUCACGGAGAUGAUCACCAAGGUAAACCUGCCGGCGGCGCAGCUCCAGGUGGCCAUGGGCCUCCCCCUCCACAUGAUCCCGGACAUCCGCCAGAUGUACGGCCGCGAGCCUCACGGCACCGACCACAUCGACUUCGCUAACGAGGAACGGCCACCGGCGCAGGGCCACUGCAUCGCCGUCCGUAUCACCGCCGAGAAUCCCGACCAGGGUUUCCAGCCCACCAGCGGCACGAUCAAGGAGCUCAACUUCCGCUCCACGCCCGACGUGUGGGGAUACUUCAGCGUGGACAGCUCGGGAUUGGUGCACGAGUUCGCCGACUCUCAGUUCGGUCACUUGUUUGCGAGGGGGGGGGACCGCGAGACGGCGCGCAGGCACAUGACGGUUGCCCUGAAGGAGCUCUCCAUCCGAGGGGACAUCCGCACGACCGUCGAGUACAUCGGGGAGGUGCUUCAGAGCGAAGAUUUCAUCGCCAACAGGAUAGACACGGGUUGGCUGGACGUGCGCAUCGCCGCUGCCAAGGACGGGUCCCUCCUCGCCACGCGGAUGCGGAAGGUGGACAGCCACCUGGCCGUGGUGGCCGGGGCGGUUAUCCUGGCCCACGAAGACGUGGAGAAGCGGACGCAGACGUUCCUUGAGAUGCUCGGCAAGGGGCUCCUGCCGCCCAAGGAGCUGCUGGCUACCUCGAAGACUGUGGACCUUAUCUACGAGGGGGUCAAGUACAGCCUCGUCUGCUGCCAGGCCGGGCCCCGUUACUUCACCGUGACCGCUCUCAAGGGCGACGAGGGGAAGGUCGGCGGCGGGAACGCGCUGGUGGAGGCGCAGUGCAGGCCGCUGGCGGACGGGGGUUACCUGCUGGUUAUCGCUGGGAAGAGCCAGGUGGUGUACGCCAACCAAGAGGCGUCGGGGCUCCGGCUGUCGGUGAACGGCAACACUUGCGUGUUUACCAAGGAGUACGAUCCGGCCUGCCUCGACACGGACGUUGCCGGAAAGCUAGCCCGCAGGGUGGUGGCGGACGGGGCAAGGGUGAAGGAGGGAGAGGUCUUUGCGGGCGUCUUGUCUCCCGCCAUGAACCCGGAGACAGGGAGCGACGCGUCUCUCUCACAGUCCGGCGAGACCUCCGCGUCAGCGGCUACGGUGGAUGACGCGCCCGCGGGCGGUGACGGGGUCAACGACGACUCAGCGGCGGCGGCGGCGGCAGACAAGCCGCACGUCGCCCUCCGCAACGCGGUGGACACGCUGGAGGUUGUGCUCAGCGGCUACGCGGUGCCGGAGAUGCAGUCGCUCCGGGCGAUCGGUGGCAUGCGCACCUCCCUCGCUGACGAGCUGCUGCCGUACCACGAGCUCAAGGAGGUGCUCUCCGUGCUCAGCGGGAAGCUAGACGCGGGCCUUGCCAAGAAGCUGCAGGCCCUCGCCGACCAGUACAAGGCCGAGUGCACACCCGGCAGCAGCGGCGGCGGCGGCGGCGGCGAGGCCCCGCUGUUCCCGGCCGCAAACGCGCUGUCCCUCCUCGACGCCCACGCGAGUGGGAUAGCCGACGACCGCGACAGGGCCACCUUCUGGACAACGGCCAGCGACCUGGCCAAGGUCUUGCUUCAGCACGUGCAAGGCCCCGCCGGACGAGCGUCUGCAGCGCUGCUCCAGCUCAUCCAGGAGUACCUCGUCGUCGAGAGGAGCUUUGCAGGCGUCGACAUGGAGGACUCGCUGAAGGCCCUCCGCAAGGCCUACGAGGGGGAGGAGGCGAUCAGGGUGUACGACGCGUUCCGCAGCCACGCCGCCAUCCACCGGAAGAACCGCCUGCUGCUGACCCUGCUGGACGACAUCCGACAGGCUAACGCGGAGGCCAAGGCGUUCUUGUCGAAGCACCGCGGCGGCGGGCUCGAGAGCUCCGCAGGGGCAGCCGAGGACGGGCUCCCCGCCGCCCCUUCCGCCCUCCCCACCCUGAGCGGGGGCGCCUCCGUGGACAACAUCGCCGACGGCGAGGCUUCUCGAGCGUUGACGGACACGGAGGCGUUCUUGCCGGUGCUCGCGGAGCUCUCCAGCCUCUCGAACGUCUCGUAUACGCCGGUCGCGGCGCGGUCGCGUCAGCUGCUGAUCGAGUACAAGAGCCCCUCCCUGCAGGACAGGCGGGCGGUCUUCUCCACGGCGGUGGCCGAGACGGUCGUGGCGUCCGGUGCCGGGGACGGCGACGCGCGCGUAUCCGUCAUGGACGCCUUCGUUGCUCGCGGGGUCCCCGUGCGCGACCUCCUGGUCCCGGUGGUGGCGACGGCGAGCACGGCGGAGGGGAGAGCCGCGCUGGAGCUGUACGUCCGACGGGUAUACCGCACUCACGUCAUUGACAACUUCUCCUGGAAGGAGACCGAGCGGCCGGCAGAGAGCGACGCAGCCGCAACAGUGGGGGGGCUAAUCCACUGCGGUGCCUUCACCUUCCAGUCCCAGGCCACCCGGCGCCCCUCGAUGCAGGGCGUCGCCGCCGGCCACGCGGCGAGCUCUUCCGUCGACCUGCAGCUGCUGGCGAACGGCGGCGGUGGCGACAGCCCGGCGGCACCUAGCCGCAAGGGCGGUUGGGGGAGCGGGGAGUGGGGCGUGGGCGGGGUGCCCCUGGGCGUCAGUCGUUGGGCCGGGCUUGGAGCUGUUGAGAAGCUGCAGGAUCUGGAUUCUGGCAUGGAGUCUCUGCUGGAGGUAUUCCCGCAGUACCGGGGGGAGGCACCUGCUUGCGCCGAGGGAGCGGUGAACGCACUGCACAUCGUUCUCCUCUCUAAUCCAAUCGACCCGGAGGACACCAACGCACCGGGUCGCUCUCGUUCGGCCUCCGCCGCCUCCGAGGGCGCCGUGGCAGCCGCAGCCGCCGCCGCCGCUCAGGCCGCGGACGACGAGACCUCGCAGGCGCUCCAGGCCGCCCUGUCCAGGCACCGGGAGGCUCUCAUGAAGGCCGACGUCCGGCGGGUGUCCUUCUUGUCGCCCCGAGAGGCCAUCUCCGGAAGCACAAGCAUUUUGGGAGUUUUCACGUUCCGAUCCCGUGCUGGGUACAAGGAGGACGGCCUGUUCCGGCACAUCGAGCCCAGCCACGCUUUCCACCUGGACCUGCCUCGCCUCUCGAACUUCGCCAUCUGCCCGGCCAACACCUCCCAGCUGCAGGGGGGAAACGUGCACGUGUACAAGGCCACGCCCAAGGAGGCCGUGGGCGACAAGACCAAGGGCAAGGCGGCGGGGGGGGGGGCUAGCCGCUACUUCGCGAGGGCCGCUUCCGAGAUCGCGGGGAGGGGAAAGCGGUACUUCAUGGAGCAGGGCAAGCUGCAGCGCCUGGGGGUGAAGCAGCUGGAGGUGAAGAUCGUGUCCUGCGUUGGCGCCGGGGGGGUCCUCGCGCCCAUCCGGGUGGUUGCCUCCAACCCCACCGGCUACGCCGUGAGGGUGGAGACUUACGUCGAGGUGUCGGAGGGCGGCAAGAGGUUGUUCCGCAGCCUGGAAGGCCAGGCCGGCGGAGGCGCCCGGUCCCGCAGCAGCAGCGGCAUGAAGCAGGGCUGGGACGGGAGGGAGGUGGGCAUGCCGUACCCGGUGUACCUACCGUUCGAGGACAAGAGGCUGCUCGCUCAGGCUCGCAGCGACACCCUGUACUGCUUCGACUUCCUCGAGCUGCUUGAGGCGGGCGUGCAGGAGCAGUGGGCCGCCUACGCGAAGGAUCGACCGGAGGUUACCUCCACGCCUUCGAUGGUGCUGCACUCCCGGGAGCUGGUCGUGCGCCGCCGCGGGGGGGGCGGCGGAAAGGCUUCCGCGGCUGGGGACCCUUGGUCGGCUUCCGACCUCGACGACUUGGAGAUGGUCGAGGUCGACCGUGCCGCCGGUCUGAAUGACGUGGGCAUGGUCGCGUGGAUGCUGACCUUGAGGACACCGGAGUACCCCGAGGGCAGGCAGGUGGUGCUCAUCGCCAACGACAUCACUCACCAGGCCGGAUCCUUCGGCACGAGGGAGGACAUUGUCUUCUUGCUCGCCAGCCGUCUGUCCAGAGCAAGAGGACUACCCAGGUUGUACAUAGCGGCGAACUCUGGCGCCAGGAUUGGCAUGGCGGAGAGCCUCAAGAAGCGCUUCAAGGUCUCGUGGGCUGAUCCCUCGGACCCGACGCUGGGAUACAGGUACCUGUACCUCAGCCGCGAAGACUACGAGGACAUGAAGGGCAGGGGUGCCGUGGUAUGCGAAGAGGUCGUGGACGAAGACUCCGGGGAGGUUCGCUUCAAGAUUCUCGAUGUGAUCGGUGAGGAGCCGGACCUGGGCGUGGAGAACCUCCAAGGGAGCGGGCGCAUCGCGGGCGAGACGUCCUCGGCCUACAGCGACGUCUUCACGCUCACGCUGGUGCUGGGCAGGACCGUUGGCAUCGGGGCGUACCUCGUGCGGCUGGGCCAGAGGACCAUCCAGAAGGCCUCGGCCUCUCCCAUAUUGCUCACAGGAUACCAGGUGAAAAGAGCAGAGCAUGAGAAACAGCAAGAGGCUUGUGCGUAG